CAGCCAAAAGAAAUGCUGCCAGUGGAAACGGUCCCACGACCAAAAAGAGUCCUCUCUUCAGUGGAAACGGUCCCAGUGAGGGUGCUGUCACAGCCAGUGCAGAGGCCCGGAUAGAGGAAACAAGUUCCCAGGAGGUGAGGGAAGUUUAUGCCCAGUGAUGGCAGGUAGAUCAUUCCAUCUAGCAGAGGUUUGUGGUGAAAGCAAACCUUACCUUUGCACUGAGGCAGCACAACACCGCACAGGCAGGCGGAGGCAGAUACUCCAGAGGUGGACAAACAGACUACUGAGAGAUGAUUGUUUGGAGAUUUUGACUCCACAAGGAGUCACCAAGUCUUCUGGUUACAGAUAAAGAGUCUUGAAAUAAGAAUCAAAGUACACUUUGCACUCGUUAUUCCUUACAGUUUUAAGGAUUUAUUUAUUGACAACUACAUUUGUGCUGUAGAAGUAUGCGUUGUAUGUGAAGCCUCUGAUAGGUUGUUAUUACGCCGGAGUGCGAAUUGAAGCAGCUGACUGCAAUCCAUGACAGGGGUGAUUUCUAACUGUUUGAAUGUGAACUUUGCAUGUUUUUCCACAAAAAUACAUUCUCCAGUACUAAUUGAAACACUUUCAAGUUUGAUAAGAAAUUAACUGAAAAAAGAAUGAUCUUUUGUAAUUCUACAAGCGGGCGGUACUUGUUUAAACCAAUCACAAGGUGUUGCACUCCCUAAAAAAAGUUCUUGUUGAAUGCCAGCAUUACUGAUCCACCCAUUUUGGUGACACCUUGCCUCACUCUUCCAUCACAACUGAAUAGCCAUUUUCCAAAUUACCUGCUUCCCAAAGGAAAAUGUCUUUCACAGAUAGACGUAGAUCUAUGUAGUACUUUCAAUACUUUUGAAAGAGCCAUUUUGAAGCGAUUGGUUACAGACACUGGCAGCAGGCAAAGAAGUUUUUCUGGGAAGUCAGCCAAGCCAAGAGCUUUUCGGAAUGCAAUUUGCAUACAACUCUGAGUUCUUCAAAGAAGAAUAUGCUGGACCUGUGUACAUUUGAGGACUCCUGGGCAUGUAUGCAGGCUGAGGUGGAUUGGCCUAAGGAGAUAGCAGAAAGCAAACAGAAAGUCGAGCUGCAGAAAUCUGAGCUAGAGAAUGCUGUUCGGCAUCUGCUGAGUAAACACACGAACAAGGCUCAAUGUAUUUGGGGAAUCUUGGAAAAUCAACGCUCAAUAUUCUGGGUAAAACCCCCAUCAGCCAUGGGUAAACUGUGCCAGGAAAAGUAUUUGACAAUUAAGAGUUGUAACGCAACGGCCAAAGUACGCUUUUCACCUGUAUCGUUUGCUCAAUCUUCACCACCUCAGAGCCCAGUCACAGUCCAACCGCUGUCUGUCAAGUACAUGGAUAUAGACAGCAUGAGCAGAACCAGUUCCUCAGCUAAAGAAAACGUCCUCACAGCCAGUGGAAACAGUCCCAUGACCAAUGAACAUGCUUUCUUGAGCAGAAAUGGCCUCACAACCAAUAGGAACGCUGAUAUCCGUGGGAACGGUCCCAAUGAGGGUGCUGUCAUAGCCGGUGCAGAGGCCCAGCCAGAGGGCACAGGUUCCCAGGAGGACCUGUAUACAGAGGCGGGCUCUUGGGCAUAUGUACAGGCUAAGGUGGAUUGGCCUAAGGAGAUAGCAGUAAACAAACGGAAAUUUGAGCUACUGAAAGCUGUUCAGAGUCUGCUGAAUAAAUACAUGAAGGCAGAUGCACAAAGCCAAAUGGACAAAGCCGAUUGUCAAUGGGAAGACCUGGAAAAUGGACGCUUUGCUAAGCUCAGGGUAAAACCCCAAUCAGUCAUAGAAAGACUGUGCCAGGAACAACAUUUGAAAUUUAAGAAUUGUGAUGCAAUGGCCAAAGUACGCUUUUCACCUGCACCGUCUGCUCCACCUGCACCACCUCAGAGCCCAGGCGCAAACAGAGUGCAGAAUGAAGAAGCUUUGCCAAGGUCCUUUGCAGCAGGGGCCUUUGAGAAGGAGGACCGCAACGGAAAGUUCAGUCAGAGGGAGUCAGAGCCAGGUAACUGGCACAAUAGCAUGGCACUGAGCACAGGUAAUGAGAACAGUGCCUUCAGCCAACGAGACACCCAGGUGGAAGAGGAGACUUUAACUGUCCCUGUGUUCCAGUACUGGCACAUAACCACUGCUUGCAACAAGGAGAUUGCCCAAAUCCAGAGGAGCAAUGGAGUCGAUAUCAAAGGACAGGCUUUAGUGUCCAUCAUGGCACCAGCACUUGAAGAGGGCAAGAGUUCCUUACCGAGAGCCAAAGAGGAGUUUACAAGCCUUUUCCAGAAGUGUGCUCAAGAUAUCCACUUGGUCACUGUUUCCACUACCAACCUGGACCAGCGAAACAUGAUGGAGAUGCUGAAAGAGAUUCAGAGAGAGGAAUGCAAGCUGGUGCUGAGCGUGUCCUCAAAUGGCUGCCAGCUUUCUGGCCCAAAAGAGAGCCUGGACAAGUUCCAGAGAAAAUGGAGAUUGGAGUCCCGCCAGUGGGAUUCAGAAGAGGUCUUGCACAAGACUUUUGAGAUGAACCUCCAGGAUCCUCUAGAGAAACAGGGGCUACGCAUGGAUCCAUUCCACUGGCUGUUCAUAAUCAAGGUGUUUGAAAAGCAGGUGAUGGCUAUCAAACAGAAAUUUGGUGUGGAUUUUGCCAUGGAACCAGCUGCAGGUAUUGUGAAUGUGAAAGCUGUGCCAGCCAAGGACCAGAAGUUCUCCCUGGCAUGCCAUGCCCUCAGAGCCCUGGAGCAGCUCUACCAGAAAGGAGCCACCAACAUCCUGGCCUGUCCUCUCAAGAACUCCAUUCACAGUAAGGUGGAGUGCAUCAAGAGUGCUUUCGAAGAAGUCCGCAGUCGACACCCGAACGUAGGAGAAGGAGAAGUCAACGGUCCCUGGAGACUGGUUGGCUUGGCAGAGCAUCUGUGGCCAGCCGUGGAGGAGGUGGAACUCCUGCUGGGUGAAGCCGUCUUCAGCGAGGAGGCAAAGAUGCGGCUGCAACGUCCGAAGUCCUCUCCCACCGCGUCAGGAGGGGCCGCUGCGAGUCAGGCAGGCGUCGCUGAAGACUGUCCCAUCUGCAUGGAUACCUUUAAAGACAAGAAGAAAUUAAAGUGCACGCAUGAGUUCUGCCGCGAUUGCUUAGAGAAGUCAUUGGAGAGCAUGGGUCCCUGUUGUCCUGUAUGUAAACAGGUUUUUGGAAAGAUGGAGGGGAGCCAGCCUGAAGGUGAAAUGAAAUACUGGAAGAUGAAAAGCAAACUGCCAGGAUUUCCUCACUGUGGCACUAUUGAGAUCGAAUAUCAUAUUCCUGAUGGUAUACAGACGAAAAAGCAUCCCAAUCCAGGGAAAACAUUCAGAGGGGCCCAAAGACGGGCUUAUUUGCCAGACAACUAUGAGGGUAAUGAGGUUCUAAAGCUGCUGAAGAGGGCAUUUGAACAGAAACUCAUUUUCACUGUGGGAACCUCCACCACAACAGGAGCUACUGACACAGUCACCUGGAAUGACAUUCAUCACAAGACCAGUACACACGGAGGACCUCAGAGUUUUGGAUAUCCAGAUGCUGACUACCUGAAGAGAGUUAAGGAGGAGCUGAAAGCCAAGGGCAUUGAAUGAGGAGGACCUGGGCCCAGUGUGUGCCCUGUUCAGAUGGGAUGCCUCUGAAUGUUUGUCCACAGCAGUAUCGACAGGGACAGACAGAAACUGUCUGUGGAUUAAAAUCUGGGAUAUAACUGGGAAAGUUUUUGGAUAACAAAAUGUAAUUGUUUUUCAAAAGAUGCAAAAAUGUUAUUUCAUGAGAUGAUCUACACACACACACACAGGCAUGCACGUACACGUACACACACACACAGACACACACAUUAUAUGUGUUGGGGGGGUUGGGGGCUGGGUUGUUAUUUCAUACACAGAUCUGUUAAUCUGAGGAAUUACAUGAAUGCAUGUGUUUCAGUUCUGUCCACUUCCAUUUAAUGCUUACUUUUCUGUUGAUUAAAUUUUACGAAUAAUUCCACAUUGAUUGGAAUUUCAUAGCUACAUCACUGUAUUUGCAGAAUCAAUAAUGUUCUGCCCUACCAGACAUAUUUGGACCCGUACAGCCCAGGGCUUCAUGAAUCAUUGUCACUUUAUACCGUAUUAGCAGCUUCCCUGUUUAUAUGAGGACAGUUCAGUAUGUCAAUGGCUUAGAAAUUCUGAUUAACUGAAUUGGUUACUGCUACAUAAAUAUAAUUUUAGUCAAGUUGGUCUCAGUUUAUAUAAAUGAUUGCGGAUUCUUCUAAAAUCAAUCUAAUAUUCCAUGAUUAUUUUUGUUUAGUUAAACUAUGUUUUUGAUUUUAGGGAUCUUGGAAAAAAUGAAAAUUGGUUUGAAAGACUAAUGAUGGGUUUUUUGUUUAUAAAUAUGCUGUGAAUGAUAAAUUAUGUAUAUGAUAAGAAUAAAAAUAUGGUGUCAAGAAUCCAUUUUUAUGACUGAUUGAUUGGUGUUAAAUUGUUUAUAUAGGCUACGCUAUGGUAUUCGGUAUUUGAUUUGAUUUUACCUAGAGUGCUCGCCACUAUGGAGAACUAAA